AUGCGCUUCACAGCGACUCGCGGUAUUGUUUGUGCGUUGUUGGCAGUUGUAGUGAUCUUCAGCUUGUCACGGACGAUGUCACGAUUUUCCCCGAUUCCCGACAAAGUAUCAGAGGCAUUCACUGAGUGGAAGAACUGUAUGACAAAGCAAUUCGACAGCUUGAAAGACAACCCACAAAAGCUUUGGGAGGGAUUUGCCGAAAUGACGAAGGAAUGCACAUCGAGUACCGAAGUGGACAGAAUCAAGCUCAUUGAGCUACCGAAUGACGACGAAGUGAAGCAUUACAUCCUUAGCCAAGACACUAGCGAACCGAGCGUUAUCGUCUCACUGGGAAUCGGUGCCGAUAUCAGAGUGGAGCAGCAGUUGAGGAAAUUGCUGCCAGAAGACACUGAAUUCUUUGGUGCAGACCCAGUAGUCGCACCUAACUCCAACCUGUACGGUCGACUUGGAACAUUCUUCCCGGUGGCGGUCAGUGACCAUUCUGGACAAUCGAGUGCUAACAUACGUCUGGACAACGGUGAGGAA